UCUUCCCAACCCCCAGACAACACUACAGUGAAGGCUUCUGCCACCUCCACCAUGCUGGCCUCUGGGCUGCUGCUAGGGGCAUUAUUCUUUUGCCUCUCAGUCCUGGUGGUGCUCUCUGUGUGGAGACAAAGGAAGGUCCGUAGCAGACUUCCCCCUGGGCCCACCCCCCUGCCUUUCAUCGGCAACUACCUGCGGCUCAACACCGAGCAGAUGUAUGACUCCCUCAUGAAGAUUGGGGAAAAAUAUGGGUCCGUGUUCACAGUGCACCUGGGGCCCAGGAUCGUCAUAGUCCUGACUGGGUAUGAGGCCGUGAAGGAGGCACUGGUCGACCAAGCAGAGGAGUUCUCUGGUCGAGGGGAGCAAGCCACCUUCAACUGGAUCUUUGAAGAUUUUGGUGUGGUCUUCAGUAAUGGGGAGAGGUCACGGCAGCUCCGACGAUUCUCCAUCACCACCCUCAGGGACUUUGGCAUGGGCAAGAGGGGAAUUGAGGAGCGCAUCCAAGAAGAAGCUGGUUUCCUCAUCGAGGCCAUGAGAGGAACAAAAGGAGCCCCCAUUGACCCCACCUUCAUGCUGAGCUGCACAGUCUCCAAUGUCAUCUGCUCCAUCGUCUUUGGUGAUCGCUUUGAAUAUGAGGACAAGCAGUUCCUGUCCAUGUUGCAAAUGAUGCUGGGGAGCUUCCAGUUCACAUCCACAUCCAUGGGACAGCUAUAUGAGAUGUUCUCUGGAGUGAUGAAGCACCUGCCAGGGCCUCAAAAGCAAGCAUUCAAGGAACUGAGAGGACUAGAGGCCUUCAUCACCGAGAAGGUCCAGGAGAACCAGGCCACCCUGGACCCUAACUCCCCCCGGAACUUCAUUGACUCCUUCCUGAUCAAGAUGCAGGAGGAAAAGGAAAAUCCCAACACAGAAUUCUUCAUAAAGAACCUAAUCAUGACUGCCCUGAACCUGUUUUUUGCUGGCACCGAGACUGUAAGCACAACUCUUCGCUAUGGCUUCCUUCUGUUAAUGAAGCAUCCAGAGGUGGAAGCCAAAAUCCAUGAGGAAAUUGAUCAGGUAAUUGGGCGGAACCGAUCACCCAAGUUUGAGGACAAAGCCAAGAUGCCAUACACAGAGGCUGUUAUCCAUGAGAUCCAGAGGUUUGGCAACAUAAUCCCCAUGGGUGUUUCUCGGAGGGUCACCAAGGACACCAAAUUCCGUGGCUACCUUCUUCCCAAGGGCACAGAAGUUUAUCCCAUACUGGGCUCAGUACUGAGGGACCCCAACUUCUUUGCCUGCCCUGAAGCUUUCAACCCCCAGCACUUCCUGGAUGAAAAGGGCCAGUUCCAGAAGAGUGAUGCCUUUGUCCCCUUCUCCAUUGGCAAACGCUACUGUUUUGGUGAAGGCUUGGCCAGAAUGGAGCUCUUCCUUUUCCUCACCACCAUCCUGCAGAACUUUCGCUUCCAGUCUCCAAUCCCCAAAGAGGCCAUCGAUAUCUCUCCCAAGAUGGUGGGCUUUGCCACCAUCCCCCGCAGCUACACCAUCUCUUUCCUGCCCCGAGGAUGAAGCUGAGCCCAGGCAGCCACAGCUGAAGCAGGAGGAGCCUGAGCAACUCUGGGGUGGGAUGGCAGAGGAUGUAUUAAUAAAGUCUGAGCCCCCAGCCAACUGCCUCUGCUACUCUGCUUGGCUCCUGGAACCUGAGCCUGGGCGCCUCUGAGGUCACUGAUUCCAAUCUCCUCAGCUUACUCUUGAGGUAACUGAAGCUCCCAGAGGGGAUGAGAAUUGCCCCAAGGUCACACCAAGGCAAUGGUAGAGCCUGGCUUUACACUGAUGAGGCACAUUUGAAAGACUGCUGGUUUUGGAGUCAGAGGACCUGGGUUCCAAUCUUGCCUGUGGCACAUGAGCUAUGUGACUUUGGACAAGUCACUUUUCUCUCUUUAUUGGACUCACAACCAGGGUUUGCUAGAUGGCCUCUGAGGUCCCCUCUAGGUCUAGACUGCUUGAUUCUCAUUCUGAUGCUUCUCCCACUACUUGUCUCAGGACACACAGAGAGUAAAGGGCAAAGCUGGGACAGGCUCUGAGGACUCUUGGCUCACAAAUGAAAGACUUCUUUUCCCCCUUGUGGCCAGUUCUGCCCAGGUCUCUGUCCCUCCAUCUCUCUGUCUCUGACUUUUUCUCUCUUUCUUUUGUUUCCUGUCCUCUUUUCUGUGUCUCUCUUUCAGUCCACAAAUUAAAGUCUCUGAGCCUGUUCAUAUCAUUGUCUGUCUCUCUUCCUCUCUAGCUCUCUUUCCCUAUGUCUUUCUCUCUAUAACUUUCUAUGUCUCUAUCUUGACCUCUAUGUCUCUAGUUUUCUUAUUACUACUACUAGCAAAAAAGAGGCCAUGAAUAUUUAGCAGCAAACAUGCGAAACAUCACAGAAUAGGAAAACUGAAACCAAGAGAGUGGAAGGUAUUUACCCAAGGCCAAGGGGAAGUCAGGUGAAAUGUAGAAGCAAGAUGGAUGAGGGGAUGACUCCUAAUAGGGAUAAUACAGGGAAAGAGAGAAGUGGAUUAGGUGAGAGAGCAGUCAGGUAGACUCAACUGUGGGUUAGAGGUAGGGUGGUGGGGUGGGUUGAGCAUAAUGCUUGGAAUUGGGAAGACCGGAGUUCAAAUGCUCCCUCCAAUACUUGGUAGCUAUCCAACCCUUGGUAAGUCACUUCCCCUCUCUGGGCUUCUCAUCUGUCAAUAGAAAAGGUUGGAAUCAAUGACCUCAGAGGUCCUCUCCAUCUCAAAAUCUAUGGUCCCAUGGUUCUGUGAAUACUUGGACACAAAGAAUAGUCAUUAAUAGGCACAAGUCAACUUAGAAGGAGGUCUCCAUUGGAGUGCCCUGGGACUUUGUUCUUGUCACUGUACCAUUCAACAUGUUCAUCCAUGACUUGGAUGAAGGCACAGAAAACCUCAGAAAUGCAGAGGACACUACUCUGGGAUAGAGAGCUAACCAAUUGGAUAACAGAAUUGGGAUACACAAAAAGCUUGACUACUUGGAAUGACAGGAAGAAUCCAUGACAAAAAAUAAUAUAUGUAAAUAUUAAAUCCUGAACUAUUAUUUUUUUAAAAAUUAAUUUAGCACUAGUCUUGAAGUCAGGAGGACCUGAGUUCAAAUCUCACCCCAGAUACUUUCUAGCUGUAUGACCUGCAGCAAGUCACUUAACCUCAAUUGGCUUAAGCACUAAGCACCAUCGCCAGUCUUUCUGAUGUAAAUCUUGCCACUGGACUCCAAUGGAGGACAGAAUGGGGUUGGUGACCUCAUUAAAUCCAAUUCAUUGAAAAUCACAGUAUCACCUCAAUGUCAAGGUCCUCAGAUCAUAUUUGUCUGAUUAGUCGGACACAAUGUACCUUGACCCCAACAUAGUGAUGUUAUUUUGGGCCUUGUCAAGAGGGAAGGCCAACAACUGAUUAAUCAACCAUUGUGCAAUGUUGGAGCAGAAUGUUAAUUAUUUAAGGUGGGGAAAGAGCAGAGUGAGAGGAUGUAUGCACACAUACUUUUAAA